GCGGGGCAGCCUGCAAAGGUUCUUGUGAAGGCGGUGCGUGGUGGCCCGCGUCCUCCCGUCGGUUAUUUUAUUUAUUUUAUUUAUUUUAUUUUAUUUUAUUUCUUAUUUUAUUUUGAGAGGGAGGUCAGGGAGCCGAAGCGAGGGCUCCCAGAGCCACCCUCGGGUCUGGCAGGGAUGGUACGGUCCGUUCCCGGGGACCCGCAACAGGCGCUGCUGUCCCCGCGGCCUCCGAGUACGGCGGCUGCCGUCCUUGCGGAAGGGCUGCGAGGCUGAACGCCGCGCCGUGCGGGCCCUUCUGAGCGCUGCCCUGAAUCUGUCGCCGGAGAUCGAACCAAGAAGAGAGAAGGGACGGGGAUGACGAGAAGCAAGGGGACAGCCUUUCUUUCCAGUUUCCAGUAGAGCAGCUGUGGUUUGAGCCCUCUUUCCUUUCUCUGACUUCUCAUGCUCCCACCAACCCUUGCACUAAGCACUCCAAAGCCUAUCUGUGCAGAGGUGCAGCAGUGCUGACUGAAGAUGUAAAUUUUAUUUUUAGAAUUUGGAGAUUGCUAAGGAAAUAACUUGCCCUGUUCUCCAUCUGACCGUGUCUGACAGUUUGGCACCUAACCAGAUCGUUCCAGGAAGAUAAAGUAGCUGACCUGUGGUGGUGCAGGUAAUUGCUUGGUUUAAUAAGAGUAGGGAAUGUGAUAAAAAGGAAGAGGCAGUGCAGUUUCUCAUCUGUCGCAUUCAAGUCUCAGUUUAGUCUCUGUUCUUGCUUGCUUCUUAUAGCCGUUAGUUUGGAGUAGAUGUUAGUUUUUGGAAGAAAAGCCCAACUGUAGUUUUUAGUGAUUUCUUUUUCCAAUCCAGCAUACGUUUGUGGUCUGCUCUGCUCCCAGCUGGAGAUCUAGCAUUCAUUUAACAGUCUUUUUUGUACACAUAGCUGUAGAGGUGCCAGCUUUAUAGGGAUGAUGGAACAGGGUUCUGCUGCUUUCACAAAACUGUUAAUGCUGAUGGCUUUGAAGUAGAUAAAUGGCACAUCCAGUUAAAGAGAGGAUGGUUUGAAAACAAAUGCAAAGAUACCUUUCAGUUACUUUGUGCUAGCUUUUUAGGAAAACUUUUGCUUUUUUCCUAUGUAAAUAAUAUUAAAAAUAUCGUUGUAUCCAUGGUGCAACCCAAAGUAAUGUUUUGACACUGAAUACUAAUCACAUGUAGGAAGAGAUAUUUGUUUUAUAUGUAGCAAGUGGUUUAUAAGUUGUUAGCUUGAUGACUAGUUUCUACAGUGCAUAUGUACUCCAUUAUGUUUUGCGUAGGUCCAACUGGGAACAAAUUUGAACAGCAAACUCAGCAUAAAUGAAAGUACUGGAACAAAGUAUGUUGCCAUUGCCCUAAAAUCAAGUAGUUUUUAUGUGAGCUUUAGUGUUGUAUUGCAAACUUGUGAGUUGACUUAAAUAAAAGUUAAAAUAUGUUUUACUGAGCAAAAACCCCUCAUUUCCAUGUUGUGUAUAUGCUCGGCUUUAGGUUGAGGCUAAAACAGUACUUAAGUGAAAAAUUAGCCUCUGCAAAUCAGGUAUUUCUUCCAGGAGAAUGUAUUUUAUAAGGUACCGUGUACCUCUCAUUUAUGAUUUAUCUCAUAAAUGUUCGACAUCUCUAAGGAGAGAUGUCUAACUGUUUUAACUUUUCUUCAGGUUUUUUUUCUUUUUUUUUUGGAAGUAGAUGGAAUGGCGACAUUAAUUCACACUUUAACAGAUCACAGUGAUGAUGUCAACUGCUGUGCCUUCUCAUCAUCGUGCUUGGCUACUUGUUCCUUGGACAAAACAAUUCGUAUUUACUCUUUAAAUGACUUCACUGAGCUCCCAUACUCACCUUUGAAAGGUCAUACAUAUGCUGUCCACUGCUGCUGCUUCUCUCCAUCAGGACACACUUUAGCUUCGUGUUCAACAGACGGUGCUACCAUCAUUUGGGACACUAGCGAUGGUCGGAUGCUGGCAGUGCUGGAGCAGCCCACUGGCAGUCCUGUCAGAGUCUGCCGCUUUUCUCCUGAGUCCACUUACCUGGUGUCAGGUGCAGCUGAUGGAAGUGUCGUUCUUUGGAACGUGCACUCAAUGAAAUUCUACAGAUCUGGGAAUGUUAAAGAUGGUUCUUUGGUGGCCUGUGCGUUUUCUCCAGGUGGAAAUUUCUUUGUUACUGGAUCAUCAUGUGGUGAUCUGACUGUUUGGGAUGAUAAAAUGAGAUGUCUCUGUAAUGAAAAAGCACAUGAUCUUGGCGUUACCUGCUGUGAUAUUUCUUCACAUCCAGUUUCUGAUGGGGAACAUGCAUCCGGAUGCUUCCAGAUGGCAUCUUGUGGUCAAGAUAAUAAGAUCAAAGUCUGGUUUAUUUUGUUUGCAGACUUCUUAGGUGGUGAAUUGAGAUAUAAAUGCACAUUGAGUGGACAUUCUGCCCCAGUUCUGACUUGUGCAUUUUCUUAUGAUGGGCAGAUGUUGGUUUCAGGGUCUGUGGACAAGUGUGUCAUAAUAUAUGAGACUAAUACUGGCAAUAUCCUUCAUACUUUGUCUCAGCAUACUAGAUAUGUCACAACUUGUGCCUUUGCUCCAUGUAGUCUCUUCCUUGCCACGGGUUCAAUGGAUAAAACUGUGCACAUAUGGAAACUGGACAAUAAGCAACCCUGUGCAGGAAACACUAUAGAAAAUGACUCUAAGAUUAGAACUGCUGAGAACUGGUCAGAGGAUGAUGUUUCAGCCUGGCUUUGUGCACAAGGCUUCGCAGAACUUGUUGGGCUUUUCAAAGCAAAUAACAUCGAUGGCAAAGAACUCGUGAAUCUUACAAGAGAAAGCCUGAUUCAUGAAUUAAAAAUUGAGUCUCUUGGCCUGCGCAGUAAAAUCCUCCAGAAGAUCGAAGAGCUGAGGAUGAAAAUGGUCUCUGUUUCUGUUGCUGUUCCUGAUGAAUUCUUAUGCCCUAUAACACGGGAGCUCAUGAAGGAUCCUGUCAUUGCAGCAGAUGGGUAUUCCUAUGAAAAGGAGGCAAUGGAAAAUUGGAUCAGCAAUAACAGACGAUCUAGUCCCAUGACAAAUCUUCCUCUUCCCAGUCUUGUGCUUACACCCAACAGGACACUGAAAAUGGCUAUCAGCCGCUGGCUGGAGACUCAGCAGAAACAAGGCGAAACCACUUUGCUUUGAACUUGUUCACUAAAAUGAAGGAACAAAUAAACAGUUUAGCAAAUUCAAUUAAACCGAAGACCGGAAUUUACAAAGCAGGACUGAAAUGGGGCAAUGAUGGCCGUGGAAAGAUGAAACCAAAAACCACCAUGUCUAAUGUUUGGACAAUGUACCAAUGUUUGCUAAGCAAGAAAUCCAAAUACUCAGCCACGUCCAUACGCCCUGGAGGAGUCUGCACAUCCCCCCCUUUUCUGCCUUUUGAGCUCAUCAUGAUGAUGGAGUCACGGGAGCACAGCAGCAGCAACGUGUAACAGAAGCCGUCAGCAAUGUGGUAGAAUAGGUGUCUAAGAUUCCCAGUGAUAGAGAAGCAACAGAUUAAAAACAAGAGCUUACAUUUGUUUUUCGGCGACACCUUGAUAAAUUCAAGUACAAUGAAACUCUCAUCUCAUUGAAUGCUUUCAUUUCUUCUCCAAAUCCUUCCCUCGGAAACUUCCUCAAGGCAUACUGAUAGCGCUGUGCUGCUUCUUUCAUCUUGCCUUUCUACAAAAUUAGGGAAUAAGAAGCUUUUUGAGAAACUUGUAUUAUUACAGUGCUGUUACAAUGCAACUACAUUCAUAUUUGAAAUCUACCAACAUAUACUCCUCACAGACAAAUAUAUAUUUGUAACAUAUAUCAUAUCUAUCUAUAUAUAUAGAUAUAUGUUACAAGUAAGUGACAUAUGCGUAUACAAGUAAGCAUAUAUAUAUACACAUAUCACUUACACACAGGCAUCAUAAGAUAACUUAAAAGGUAAUCAGAGCUUAUGUUUCUUUCUAAACUCAGUAUUUUUAAUGGUAUUUCACAUUAAUACAUACUACUUGUACCAGAACAAUUCUUCAGGUACGUGUAUGAUACCAUACAAUUCUUAAUUUCAUUUAUUUAUUAAAGAGAGCAGUCAAAUAUCUGAUGAUAUGAUUUAUUAAAGCUCUAAGGAUAUACUCUAUUAGAAAUAUCGUAAUCAGAAAUGGUGCACCCUUCAUCAGGUGGUGCUACCACAGUGUAAGGUAUGGAUGUGGAAGGGGAGGGAAGAGGAGAGGGAGGAGGAGAAGGAACUGGCACAGCAUUCAAACAUGCAGCCCAGCUACUCCAGCUUCACUUCAGUGUCUCAGCCAUGACUAUUAGGUGAAGGGCUGAAUGUAGGAACAUAAAAGCAGUGUUCUUAACAAAGGUUGAGAAUUAAUUGCUGUGUACUGGAAGCACGCUGCCAUAGUUUUAGGAUUUUUGUUAUCGGUAUUCCACAUCACAACAUCAUGUAGUGCACUGGGAGUUAAAGAGUUAAUGCUGCAGUUCUGGGAUUGUUGACAGUUCUGUUUUACCUGUCUCAGAAAAGAAAGAAUGAACUACGUAUCCUAGAAGACUUCACUGUUCUGUUUCCAUUCAGAGGGAAAGAUAAAACUGGGAGUCACAAGACAUCCCGUUCUUUUUCUACUCAUCUCUUAUUAAAAAACAACCAUGUAAUUUACAAACUUUGUGGCUACAACGGAUUUUCAAUAUUGCCCACAUAAGCCACUCAGCUCUGCAUUGCAACAGUUUCCAAAAGCAAUUCCAGUCUUCUGAGCAAAAUAUCAUGACUAGUAAAAAGAAUGCAUCAAGAGAUCUGUCUCUCUCCUCAUCCUGUACUUAAACAGUGUGCAGAACACUGCCCUGAAGAAAAGCCCGGAUGUUACUGAAUUCAACAAGGCGCUUACAUUCUGAGGUCCUCCUAACAAACAACUGACAAGUGUCCACAGACCACUUGGUCAGCUGAAAGGAAACGUAUUUAUUUAUUAGCUGGCUGUUUUUUUGUUUUGUUUUUCCUACUAGUUUUAAAUGAUUCUUGCCCAGGAUCCUCAAGGUUUUCUGAUCUCAUACCCAACAUGAAAGGAUGUGCAAAUACACACCUGAACAGAAAAGGGGGUAUAACAGAACGUCAAUCUACCUUCAAACAGAAACCCAAUUAUAGAGUGCUGCUACCAGGAAAAGAAAUUAAUAAUAAUAAAAAAAAAAAUCGA